AUGUUAACAAGCCCUGCAGAUUAUUCUUCCCACAAAGACCGAAUCCAAAGUCUCCUCAAUGAGCCUGGAGUUCGUGAAAAGGUAAUUGAAGAGCUCCAGUCACUCGGAAUCCCAACAAUCCCAUGUCUGAAAUUUGAAAUCAAAGGUCUCCAAGGACACACUUUUACACUCGAAGAAGAAGAUUUAAGACGUGUUUUUUCCGUUUACGGUGAAAUUGAGCAUAUUGAAGUCUUCGAAUCUGAAGCCUAUAUCCAAUUCCUCGAUAUCUGCUCUGCCUAUUUCGCCCAAAAAACCCUUCAUAGCCGAAACAUUGAAAAUCUCCAAGCCAAUCUUGAAGUAACCUGGCAGCUUUCCAACAGAGUCCCAGGCUCUUUAAGUGUAUGGGGAAAGCAAAAUAAUUUGGUAAAUGAUUGCAGCUCAAAGUAUACAUGCAGAUUUGACAUACAAAUUGAUAAUGAAAAAGAAUUCCAAGUAGCAAGAAGACUAAUUGGGCCUAAAGGAAUUAAUAUGAAGAGGAUUGUAGAGAUUUGCUCGAAAGGGAUGAAUUGCCAAGCUCACGAUAUCAUUAAGUUGAGAUUGAGAGGAAAAGGCUCAGGGUUUAAGGAAGGACCAAAUCAAGAAGAAAGCUUUGAACAGCUUCAUAUGUGUGUGAGCUCAAAGUACUUUGGAAAGUAUCAGCUUGCUUGUGAAGAAAUUGAGAAGCUGAUACAGCAGGUUUAUAGAGAGUAUCAGCAGUUCCUUUGGACUAAAGGAAUACCUGCAGCUUUGCUGCAGGUUAAAAAAAUAGAAAAUGUUGGAUCAUGUGGGCUGAAGGAAAGAUCAGUAAAUCUUCCUGAACCGGCUUUUAAUGAAAAACCAAAAGGUCUGAAAGAGAGAAAAUUAGUUUAG